GUGAGAUGUUGUUGUUGUGCUAUUUUGUUCGCAUCAGGUGCAACUGAGUUCAAUAUCAAAGGAGGCAACUCUUUGGGAGUGGCUCACAAAAACUUCAACUCAUGAUGAAACUUGCAAAUUCAAACGGGUGUGAUGAUUGCAGGCUAGACCACAUGUGUAGGGGUAGUGGUAGUCAUGCUCUCACACACUCUACUGCAUGCAACACAUGAUCUUUUUCUCUCCCAAUCUCUCUCUCUCUCUCUCUCUCUCUCUCUCUCAGAAAUUUUUCGGGGUUUGUUGAUCUGUCAGUUUGAAUGGAUUUGCUUGGCCUUUUCUUAUAAUGGUACGCUUGAUGGCUCUCUCUCUCUCUCUCCCUCUCUCUCUCUUUCUGUGUGUCUCAGUUUUACUCACUCUGUGGGGAGCAGUGGUUUGAAUAAGUAGAUUUAGAUUUGGGCUUUAAACUUUGAAGAUUUCUGAGGGGAGUGGUGCAAAUCGAACCUAAAGCUCCAAAAAGGUUGAAAAUUUCAAGGAAAAGGAGAGUAGGAAAGAUGGUGAAAACAGGCACCUGAUGUUUGUGUGCUUCUCUCAAUCUUGUUAUCAUUAUCAUGUGCUUGCUUGCUAACCCUUCACAACCCCAACAAAACCAUGGAAAUCAAAUAAUAUGACCUAUAUUUGUAUUUAGACUCAUCUUUUGCUGAGCCAUAUUUUUGGAACCCACUGAUACAUGUUUAGGUGUACCCAUUAAUUGUCUUUUACCUAAAUUAGCAACCUUAUUGAUCUUGACUAGUUUGAACUCCCACAUCAAAUCAAGCCUCCAAAAAGAAGAGCAAAAAACACAGAUAACAAAUUUUACCCCCACCAUGCUGCCCCUCUUCCUCCAUCUGUUUUAGAUACAUAGCUUAUAGAUAGAUAGAUAGCCACUACUUUUCUCUCUCUCUGUCUCUCUCUUGCAUGCAUCUUGGUGGUGAUGGCUGAUCCUGGAGGAAAUAGUAUAAUGAGGGACUACAGGAAAGGGAACUGGACACCCAAUGAGACAAUGAUUCUGAUUGAGGCAAAGAAGAUGGAUGACGAGAGAAGAAUGAAAAGAAGUGGGGACAGUGAAGGGAGGAACAAAUCUGGAGAGCCAAGAUGGAAAUGGGUGGAAGAUUAUUGUUGGAGAAAAGAGUGUCUGAGGAGCCAAAACCAAUGCAAUGACAAGUGGGAUAACCUUAUGAGGGAUUACAAGAAAGUGAGGGACUACGAGAGGAAGAUGGCUGAGGAGAAGGCAGGAGGGUCUUAUUGGAAGAUUGAGAGGAAUGAGAGGAAAGAGAGGAAUCUGCCCACCAAUAUGUCGCCUCAGAUAUAUGAUGCUUUGGUGGAUGUGGUGGAGAGGAAGGGAGUAACUCAUCAGAGGCUUGUUUCUGCAGCUUCUUCCAAUCCCAACAGUGUUUUUGUUAGUAGCAUUGGUCAGCCUUCAUUACCUCCUCUUUUGCAGCAUCACAUCUCUGCUGCUCCAGCUCCGCCAUUACCACUACCAUCUCCACCACCACUGGCGGCGCAGCCUCUUCCAGCUGCUCUCACUUAUUCUCAGCCAAUGCCCACAAUGCGUGAUAGCUCAGAUUUUGAAACGAGUGAGCAUUCAGACUCACCGGCGAAGAGGAGGAGAAGAGGAAGCGGAAGCGGGGAAGAGGGAACCGGCGGUGGCGGCGGCGGCGGAAAUACAAAUGCAAGCAUCUCGCAUGAAGUGGGCAGCGCCAUAUCCAGAAGCGCUUCCAUCAUAGCAGAAGCCCUCCAGGCGAGCGAGGAGAGAGAAGAGAGGCGGCACAGAGAGCUUCUGAGUUUGCAUGAGAGAAGGCUGAAGAUAGAGGAGUCUAAGACGGAGAUAAGCAGGCAAGGCGUGAGUGGGCUUGUGGAUGCCAUCAAUAAGCUUGCGGAUUCCAUCCAUUCCUUGGCUUCCCACAGCAACCAACCCCCUCCAAAAUGAUAUUACUAGUAAAUAAUUUUAAAAAAAUAUAUGCAUUAAUUAAUUUUUUAGCUUUAAGAUAGGGAAUUCCAUUUGGUUGGUUGGUUGGUUGGUUGUACAUAAUUUAAUGAUUAUUCCAUUUCUGCUCUAUUUGCAUGUUGGAUUAUU